UGUAGGUUUGCUUGCACAGUCGCGUGUUUACUUAUCAAUCAAUCGCUCAAAGAAGAAAUCGGAAUCACAGAAAUGGCGUCGACGAAGCCAUUGAUCGUCGCAGCGAAGACGCUCCGUAACCGGAUCUAUUUCCGAUCUGGAUCCACAUCAGCUGGUCCAAGCCGGUGGGCGACGGCGGGACACGAAGAGCGACCCAAAGGAUAUUUCAUGAACCGGACUCCGCCGCCUCCAGGACAGUCGCGUAAGUGGGAAGAUUGGGAGCUGCCUUGUUACAUCACAAGCUUCCUCACGAUUGUUAUCCUCGGUGUCGGACUCAAUGCCAAACCGGAUCUUUCAAUCGAGACCUGGGCUCAUCAGAAAGCUCUCGAGCGCCUUGAGAUGGAGAAACUCGCAGCUGCUGGUGAUUCGUCUGAUUAAUCUCUGAUCUUGAGAUAGUUCAUAUGAUUCGAUGGUAUGUGUGUUUGUGUUUUCCGGGGGAGUUGAGGAGAUUUUUAUUUUUACCCGUUUAUGAUGAUGAUCACGGAAUUACUAGUGACCUAGGGUUUCGUUUUGUUUCCCUUCUCCUCUUCCUUUCUUUGUUGUUGUUAGUGUUCAUAAAAUUUGUUCAUGAAAUAAGCCAUCUUUUAACUCUUCUCUUGACGAUGGUUUUGUGUAACUCACCUUAGAUUUUUGAUCAUGUUUCAAAGCAUUUUGCUGUCUCCAAUC